AUGGCGGACCAUGAUCUCUCCUCCCCACUCCUCCCUUCCCAGCCUUCCCAUUCCCAGCACCUGACCCUCAUCGUCAACGACUCCGACUCCGACUCCGACUCCGACUUCGCCAAUAAUUCUAACGACAAAAUCACCACCAAUGACAACAAUGGUAAUAAUCAAGACGGUUGGAAUUCUCACUCUCACAACAACAGAAAACCGUUUGACGUUAUAGGGUCUAAGGGACUGGAAGUACCCGGACCGGCCACGUUGGACCCGUUCCGCAACGAAACUCUGAGGAUCGUCGGUCUGUACGAGUGGGUGAAGAUCGUGGUUUGCUUGCCGAUUGCGGCGGUGAGGCUCGUUCUGUUCGGGGUUUGCUUGCUGCUGGGGUUUCUGGCGACGAAGGUGGCGCUGCAGGGUUGGAAGGACAUCCAUAAUCCCCUGCCGAGGUGGAGGUCUAGGAUCAUGUGGGUCACUAGGAUUUGUGCCAGGUGUAUUCUCUUCUCUUUUGGCUAUCAUUGGAUAAGACGGAAAGGAAAACCUUCUCCGAGGGAGAUUGCUCCAAUAGUUGUAUCUAAUCAUGUGUCAUACAUUGAACCUAUCUUCUAUUUCUAUGAAUUAUUCCCAACCAUUGUAGCAGCCGAGUCCCACGAUUCCAUACCAUUGGUUGGAACCAUUAUCAGAGCGAUGCAGGUGAUAUACGUCAAUAGAUUCUCACCGUCAUCAAGGAAGCUUGCCAUUAAUGAAAUAAAGAGAAAGGCUUCUUGCAAUAGAUUUCCCUGAUUACUAUUAUUUCCCGAGGGUACCACAACUAAUGGAAGGGUCCUUAUCUCAUUCCAACUUGGUGCAUUCAUCCCAGGAUACCCAAUCCAACCCGUGGUUGUCCGCUAUCCUCACAUACACUUUGACCAAUCAUGGGGGAAUAUCUCUUUGGCAAAGCUUAUGUUUAGAAUGUUCACGCAGUUUCACAAUUUUAUGGAGGUGGAAUACCUUCCUAUAGUUCCACCCGGCACUAAUGGAAAAGAAAUUGCUAUUCACUUGGCUCAGAAGACUAGCCAUGCUAUUGCAACUGCACUUAAUGUUGCACAAACGUCUCAUUCCUACGGGGACUUAAUGCUUCUAACGAAAGCGUUGGAGUCGAGACAGGAAUAUCCUUCGAGUUAUAUGGUUGAAAUGGCUAGGGUGGAAUCGUUGUUUCGUAUAAGCAGCUUGGAAGCUGUAGGUUUUCUGGAUAAAUUUCUGUCGAUGAAUCCAAACCCAGGUGGUCGUGUUCAAUUCCACGACUUCUUGACUGUUCUAAGACUAAAGGCUUGUACCCUUUCUGAAGAGAUAUUUGCAUUUGUUGAUGUGGAGAAGAGUGGAACUAUCACAUUCAAGCAGUUCUUAUUUGGAUCAGCACAUGUCAUGAAGCAACCAUUAUUCAGGCAAGCUUGCGAGUUAGCCUUUGCUGAAUGCAAGGCUGGAGGACAUGAUUACAUAUUAGAACACGAAUUGGGAGAUUCUCUUAGACCUGCAAUUCCAGACUUGAAUGCAGAUGAGAUCCAUGGGCUGUUCAAUUUAUUUGAUUUUGAUAAUGAUGGGAAAAUCAGUAAGGAUGAUUUUGAUUCCUGCCUGAGAAAGAAUCCUCUGUUGAUAGCACUUUUCUUACCUUGUUUGCGGCACAAGGGCUUUUCAGAAGCUGGUGAUAGGCUGCCGGAGGAGAUAGUGUGAUGAAUGAGUUUUACAUGCUCUUGUAUUUUAGAUCUUUUACCGCCGUAAUUGUUGGCUCUUGUUUUGGGGAUAAUAGAGGGGAAGGGGGCAUGGGACCAAAAUCUCCUAGAGUUUGUCUGAAUUUUAAAGCUCAGAGUGAGAUACAAAUAUACAGAUUAAAUAAGUGCUAUUGCAUUUAUUAAGUAAUUUUUUUUUUUCUAAGCAAGCAUAGAUAAACUAAGUGGU